GGAGAAGCGUCAGGUGGUCACGUGUCUGCCUGAACGUUGGUUCUUUUAUAGAGAAAACAUUUUCCGUAACGAUGGAUAGUACGAACGCGGACGACGAGAAGUCGAGAAAAAUUAACGCAUGGACGUGGUUGAAUAAACAUUGAAAAUAUAUGUAUGCAUUUGUAACGAUAAACGCGCGUUGCCAGGUUCGCCAGUCGAAAAACUAACGUCGGAUCUGUUAUGUUCCAAGUUCUAACGGCCCUGUAACAGCGCAUUCCCUAACAGUGGUUCUCAAUCGUAUUUGGAGGUGCGGGAGCGGGAAGAGUUAAUGGUGGACGUGAAAGCGAUGGUAGCCCGGUUGCACUGAAAUGACAACAAGUGAUUGAUAUUAUUAACGACGGUAUAAUGUGAAGUGCAAGAGGAAAGAUAAACCGGCGCGAACGGGAGCGCACUUUGUUGGUAAGUAGCCCGACAAAGCAUCCCGUUCGUAGAUAUGAUCGCGCGUCCGGGACUUUCAUUCAAGGUAUAGGAAAAAUUCCUUACCGAACCACCCGUCUCGAUGAGCGCAGGUUAUGUGAGGGCACGAAACGCGUCGUUCACAGCCGUUUUUCCGCGGACACCGGCCAGGAUGGGCCAGGGUACGGACGCCUGCACGGACAGGCCUACCGAAGUCAGCGUCAUCAGAUUCGUGUCGAGAAAUCGCACCAUCGAGGAAAUAGCCCCGAAAAAGGAAAUAUAUACGUGCAAACAACGAGAUUGUGGCAAGGUAUUUACGAACCAGGAUGAAUACAAAACGCACGAAACUCUCGAAGCUUUGAAGAUCAGAUUCAUCUGCCGAGAGCCGGGAUGCGGGGAAGAAUUAUCCGAUCCUGGUAGCAUGUGGCGUCAUUAUCAAGAAUGGCAUAACAAUGAAACGAAUGUAUUUAUAUGUCCAUACACGAAUUGCGGGUCUUUACACACAACCAGUAGUAACUUAGAAGAACAUAUCGAAAGCUGUCAUAGACAGCCUCCGACUCUGCCGACCGAACCGGAGGUAAUAUGUUUCGAGGAUCUUGAAAGUGCGAUGGACGAGGAAGUUGUACAGAGCACGGAAGAUUGCUACGAGAAGAGACAGAACGAAGCUUUCGCGAUAAAACAACACCAAUACGACGAUAAUAACGAGCAAGGUAUUUAUAGAAACAACAAUAUGCAGCAGCAAAAGAAAGAAGCCUCGCACGAUCAGAAUGCUCCGAACGAUAGCUCGAACAAAGAAGAUUAUUCUUCUACGGGCGAGACACUGAACGAAGCCAGCGGCUACGCUAUCGCUGAGAAUUUACUGUUAAGUACAGACAAUUUCCUAUGCAAGUACGAAGGCAAUACGAAUAAGUGUUCGGAACUUCAAGUAGAACAUUCCCAAGAGAAGAAUAAUGUAGUCUAUGUAAACGGAGAUAUCACGAUUACCAAAAAUUCGAAGAACGAUGUUUGUACUAUGAGCACGAAGAAUCAAGAACACAGAAUAGAAUUGGAUAAUCUCGAACGAAUCUUCAGGAACGAUUUGAAUCGCGAUGCUUCGAAGAACGAAGAUAACGCUAUAGAAACGAACAGCAACUGUUCCGAUGACGAAGAAUACACUCCAAAGAAGCAACGUAUGUCUAGAUACAAACAGGAGAUCUACAAGUGUGCCACGAACGGCUGCGGAAGAAAAUAUAAAUAUAUAUCCCAUUAUCGUCAUCAUCAAGACAGUCAUAAACUAGUAGCGAAUACAUUUAGUUCAAAUUCUAGCAAAUCGAUAGUAAAACUAAAACAAGGGAAAGCUUCGACAGUUAGUUUUUUCUUAUGCAAAAUUCCUGGCUGUGGAGCACAAGUAAGCAAUGUAACUGGUUUAUGGAAGCAUUACCAGGACAAUCAUGCUAAUUCAAAACUGCCAGUAGUACAAGGAACUAAGAAUAACGAAGUAUUUCGAUGCAAGAUUCCAGGAUGCGAAACGGAAUUCAGUACAACUGCGAUGCUGUACAAACACUUCAGUGAAGUGCACUCGAAUGGUUCUGGCAAUAAUGCUAGCACAAACACAAAGACUGGAAAUGGGAGUAGUUUUCAUUACACUGAAAUGUUCAAAGAUGAUACUACCAGUUCCCAAGUAAAUUUUAAGACUGACUUUAAGGCAAAGCAUAAUAUUAAUGUAAAUGACUGUACGAAGAAUACCGAUGAGCAAAGAUUAUCGUCGAUUGUUAAAAAGGAAACCCGAGAUUGAUUCGAGGUGAACUAAUCAGUCUUUAAUUGUGAAGAUACAUAAUUGUAGCAGUAUAAAUUAGAGUAUUCGACUAGGGCCGUAAGCAUUCGAUUUAAGAAACAUCGUAGUUCCUUUCUCUUUACGAGAUCUUCCGCUCUUUCGUUUUUCUUUUCUUUUUUUUUUCUUUUUUUUUUAUUCAUCCCUUUGGCUAGUCAUUCUUUAUUACGCUUUUACUAUAAUUUUGAGUGCAACGACCCUCGUUCAAUACUCACGUUUUUAUCAUCCUAUUUCUGAAUACUAUAUAUUCGGAACGGAAAGAAAACUUCUGAGUCGUUUUUCGAGAACUUCUAAUCAUCCAAACACAUAAAAAGUGGCUUUAUGUAAUUGUAAUACAUAGCGAUUUUCUAACUUGGUCAUUACUCUUGAAGGAAAGUAUUAAAUUUCGUCGCAGAAAGUUUUCGUAAGUUGUACAGGUGUCUUUCGCGUAACAGUGUCUAUUAAAAGAAGAAAAGAAUACCGCAUAGAAAACAAUGAAUGUAUUCGAAUGCAGCAAAUUGUUUGAAUAUAUAUAUAUAUAUAUAUAAAAACAUGAAAAGCAACUCGGACAAGUUGAAAAUGUUAAUUCUCGAUUGAACGCUGUGAACAUGAAUGGAUCAACAACCAUAAAUACAAUUUCGUAGAUCUAUAAGCCUGGCGUGGCAAACUUAAAAAUAAAAUGCAAAGAAAACAAUGGACUUGCUGCAACAUUUGUGCGCAUGUUACAUAAAAUUCUUGACUUUCCAUACUGAUUUUUACUAUUUUAUAUUAUUGUAUUAUUUUAAUGUAAUUUAUAUUACACAUGUCAUUGUAGAGUUAUUAUACUAGAUAUUGUAGGACUGUAAGUAUUACGUAGCAUUUUUAUUUGUAUGUCUGUACGUUGAAAAAUAAAGUGCAAUAGUGAGCUAAAAAAAAGCUCCUGGAAUUGA